GGAAUCUUGCCUUCGUUCAGUUCUUUGGCAGCAAUCUCGAGAGGGUCGGUCAUGCCCUCCACGUCGAUGAGUACGGGUGCGUUGCCGCUGGCAAGAGUGUCAGCUUAAAUCCUUUGCUGUCCUCCUUCCACGGUGGAGACGCAAAUGCUAACCCACCUAAUCUGAAGAGCCCUUGUACCCAGGAUGCGCGCCUUCUCGUACUUGGUCAUGUAGGGCGUCGUCACGCGCUCAUCUUUGGGCACCUUCUUCGACUUCAGCGCUUGUACCGUGUUGUUGUUCGCAGCUUUGGCCGCCGCGGCUGCGCUUGGGUCUCCGCUCUCGACAAUAUUGGUCUCUUGGUUCUGUUCGACCGUCUCAGGAUCCUCAGUUUGGCCGCCGUCCUGCUCCUGGACGUCGUCUUCGUAGAGCUCCGGCUCUGCCUCCUCGUCGUAGUAUGGCUCCUCCACAUAUCCUCCCGCAUCGUAAUCAUCGCCGCCGCCGUAGUCAGACAUGGUCGAGGUAGUAAGCAAAUGGCUCUGUGUGCGUCUUCGACCUUCGUUCGCUGCGAGGUUGAGUAGGGAAGCUGGGGAUGGGAGAAUGCGCCGCGGCCUGAAAGAAACGCGAAGACGAGGAGCAAAAAGCUGUCGUCCAAUCACGUGCGGGUCUGUUUCUAGCGCAACGCACAGGUCGCGAAGUCUUGGCGUGCUUCGGCUUUUGAUUUUGGUUCGCUUUCUCGACAGCGCUCAGCUUGCCCGUGUUGCUGUGCAAUGCAAUGCAAUGGCCGUCAAGCGUAAAGAUGCCGGCAUUGGGGACUCGUCGUCACGGAAGAAGUCUCGACUUGAGGCGGUAGGAGACGAGGCUCAGGGCAUUUUCGUCCCCGAAGAGGGGUUCCCAUCCGACGACUCCACGGAGUAUGUCGUUAACUACACGGACAAUGGCACCAAGCGUGCGGCGAGCGAGGCCCGGCGAGCAUGGAACUAUGUGUGCGAGGUCGAAGGCUGCGGGCAACGCUUCAAUCGUCCGUGUCGCCUGGAAGCUCAUAUGCGGAGCCACAACAAGGAGCGACCCUUUGCAUGCCCGCACCACGGGUGCGGCAAGACCUUCCCUCGCAAAGACCAUCUUCAACGACAUCUGAGGAACUCCCACGCUGAACCCGAACGGAACUUUGUGUGCGAUUGGGAAGGUUGUGACAAGACGUUCACAUCCAAUGGCAGACUUGAGCGGCACAAGGACGUACACGAGUCCAAGUACUACUGCACUGGCUAUCCGCCGUGCAAUGAGGCAUUCCGAAAGGAGAAGACGCUCGAGGCGCACAUCAAGUCUCAGCACAUGCAAGCGAAGCCGUAUCCCUGCACAUUCGUCGACUCGGAGACCGGCGAACGAUGCACAAACGGAUACCAGACUGAGGGGGCCCUCCGUCGCCAUAUGGUAAAUGCGCAUUUGGAGGACAAAGAGGAUGAGCAUUUCUGUAUGGUCUGCAUUCCACCAGAGACAGGAGUCGAAACGAUUGUGAACCAGGCUGGGGAGACGGUAACCGUUCCAAAAGAGCCGCUCUCCUUCGCGAGUUACGAUGAGCUUAAAGCCCACUUGCGCGAAGUUCAUCCUCCGGCCUGCUCCCAGUGUGGCACCAAGUUCAAGAACCAGCAAGGCCUCAAAUCCCACAUCGAGACAGUUCAUGCCGAUCCGGCGACCCAGCCCAAGUUCCCUUGCCCGCGGCCGGGCUGCGGUAGUGUCUUCAACAGGAAGCACAACCUCAACGUCCACAUCCAAGCUGUCCAUGAUAAACAAUUCAAGUUCAUUUGUGCGUCUGGAGCAAUGAACAGCUCAAAACACCCAGACCUUCAGUGCUGGAAUGGAGAAAACGCUUGCGGCGCGGCUUUCAAGGCAAAAUCCUCCUUGGAGCAGCACAUCAGGACGCACCAUCUAGGCCUUCAGAACCGCAAGGCCACUCGAAAGCAAAGGAAGAAGAACCCGCAACCGUCUACACUCACACUCCUAACCGGUAUCGGUUACGAGAAAGGAAGAGAAGUUCCUUGCUUGUUCAAGGACUGCAAAUACCGGUUCUACAUGGACCGCGAUCUGCGUAGACAUCUUCGCGCUGCUCACGAAAUGUCAGAAGAGGCGGUCGAGGGCAUGAUCACCGAGCGUGACGCUCUGACGGGCGGCCAGUUCUGGAUUGGCGGUCUGGAUGAACCAAUGUCUAUGUUCGACUCUACAGAGCCGAGUGUGCCGCAGACGCCAUAUUAUAUUGACCAGCCUAUGGGUAUGCUCGACGGCGUUGAAGCUUAUGCCAAAGGGAACGAAGCGCAGCACGGGUUCUUUGAUCCUCAGUUGGGCGACUUACCGAUGUUUGACGCUGAGGAGGCUGAGAUGGACGCGGCUAUGGGCUUGGAUACCUUAGCACCCGCUGUCGAUGCACAGGAAGGGCUGCAUUGGGAUAUGCUGGCCCCUAUUGAGCAGUUCGACUUUGAGAAGAUGCAAGGUUGAAGGAGGAUGUCCGAUGACUGACGCAGGGCGCCUCCUGACUGGAGUGACCCGCCUUGGAUGGUACAUAAUAGAGAUACAGAUCUUGCUGUGCCUUGCGAGGAUUCGUACGUGGGAUACACGGGCGUGAGAUGCACCUUUCUCGUAUUGAUUUGGAACGACAUUGAGAUACCCAGAUAGCGAAAUUCCGGAGUUC